AUGACUGACUCAAAGUACUUUACGACGACCAAGAAGGGCGAGAUAUUUGAACUCAAAUCGGAGCUGAAUAGUGAUAAAAAGGAGAAAAAGAAGGAGGCAGUAAAGAAGGUCAUAGCAUCAAUGACCGUAGGCAAAGAUGUCUCAGCGUUAUUCCCCGACGUAGUCAACUGCAUGCAGACUGACAACCUCGAGCUCAAGAAGCUGGUGUACCUGUACCUCAUGAACUACGCCAAGUCACAGCCCGACAUGGCUAUCAUGGCCGUUAACACAUUUGUCAAGGACUGUGAGGACUCGAACCCGUUGAUCCGGGCCCUGGCCGUCCGUACCAUGGGCUGUAUCCGAGUGGACAAGAUCACCGAGUACUUGUGUGAACCACUCCGCAAGUGCUUGAAGGAUGAGGAUCCCUAUGUCAGGAAGACUGCCGCCGUGUGUGUUGCUAAGCUGUAUGACAUUUCGUCCAGUAUGGUUGAGGAUCAGGGUUUCUUAGACCAGCUGAAGGACUUGCUAAGCGACUCCAACCCCAUGGUGGUCGCGAACGCAGUGGCCGCGCUCUCCGAGAUCAACGAAGCCAGCGUGUCUGGUCAUCCGCUUGUGGAAAUGAACGCGCCGACGAUCAACAAGCUCCUCACGGCCCUGAACGAGUGCACGGAGUGGGGGCAGGUGUUCAUCCUGGACGCGCUCUCCAACUACUCGCCGCGCGACGCCCGCGAGGCGCACUCCAUCUGCGAGAGGAUCACGCCGCGGCUGGCGCAUGCUAAUGCCGCUGUUGUGCUGUCUGCUGUCAAGGUUCUGAUGAAGCUAAUGGAGAUGGUGUCGGAGGACACGGAGCUGGUGUCGACCCUGUCCCGCAAGCUGGCGCCGCCGCUCGUCACGCUGCUGAGCGCGGAGCCCGAGGUCCAGUACGUGGCGCUCAGGAACAUCAACCUGGUCGUGCAGAAGCGGCCCGACAUACUCAAGCAUGAGAUGAAGGUGUUCUUCGUGAAGUACAACGACCCUAUCUACGUGAAGCUGGAGAAGCUGGACAUCAUGAUCCGCCUCGCGUCGCAGGCGAACAUCGCGCAGGUGCUCGGCGAGCUCAAGGAGUACGCGACCGAGGUCGACGUGGACUUCGUCAGGAAGGCCGUCCGGGCCAUCGGCAGGUGUGCCAUCAAGGUGGAACCAUCAGCGGAGCGCUGCGUAUCAACUCUCCUGGAGUUAAUCCAGACUAAGGUUAACUACGUGGUACAAGAGGCCAUCGUGGUGAUCAAGGACAUCUUCCGGAAGUACCCCAACAAGUACGAGAGCAUCAUCAGCACGCUCUGCGAGAACCUCGACACGCUGGACGAGCCCGAGGCCAGGGCUUCGAUGGUAUGGAUAGUUGGCGAGUACGCUGAACGUAUCGACAACGCGGACGAGCUGCUGGACUCCUUCCUCGAGGGCUUCCACGAUGAGAACGCACAGGUCCAGCUGCAGCUGCUGACGGCGGUGGUGAAGCUGUUCCUGAAGCGUCCCGCGGACACGCAGGAGCUGGUGCAGCAUGUGCUCAGCCUCGCCACGCAGGACUCCGACAACCCCGACCUGAGGGACCGAGGCUUCAUCUACUGGCGUCUUCUCUCCACGGACCCUGCUGCCGCUAAGGAGGUGGUCCUGGCCGACAAGCCUCUCAUCUCCGAGGAGACAGACCUGCUGGAGCCCACACUCCUGGACGAGCUCAUCUGUCACAUCAGCUCGCUAGCGUCAGUGUAUCAUAAACCUCCCACGGCGUUCGUUGAAGGUCGCGGCGCGGGCGUCCGCAAGAGCCUGCCGUCGCGCGGCGCGGCCCCCGCCGAGGACGCGCUCUCCGCCGCGCCCGCCGUCAUACCCAACCAGGAAUCCCUGAUCGGCGAUUUAUUAUCUAUGGACAUUGGAGGACCACCUCCUGCGCCUGCACCAGCUUCCAACCUCGACCUAUUAGCUGGAGGACUUGAUGUACUAUUGGGCGGCGGUCCGGAGCCAGCCGCGGCCCCGGCGUCAGGCACGACGGGCCUGCUGGGCGACAUCUUCGGCGUGGCCGCGCCCGUCUGCUACGUGCCGCCCAAGCAAUGCUGGCUGCCUGCUGACAAGGGGAAAGGCCUAGAGAUCUGGGGUACAUUCAGCCGCCAGAACGGGCAGCCGCGCAUGGAGAUGACCUUCACGAACAAGGCUAUGCAAGCUAUGAGCGGGUUCGCCAUACAACUCAACAAGAACAGUUUCGGCGUGUUCCCGUCGGGCGGGCUGUCAGUAGGCGCGGUGGCGGCGGGCGCGUCGGCCGCCGCCCCGCUCGCGCUCGCCACGCAGGGACCCGUACAGAGGAUGGAGCCACUCAACAACCUGCAGGUCGCAAUCAAAAACAAUGUCGACGUGUUCUACUUCGCGUGCCUGAUCCCCGUCCACAUCCUGUUCACCGAGGACGGACAGCUGGACAAGCGCGUGUUCCUCACCACGUGGAAGGAGAUCCCCGCCGCCAACGAGGUCCAGCACACGCUGUCCAACGUCAGCGGCACCGCAGACUCCAUCGCGCAGAAGAUGACCCUCAACAACAUCUUCACCAUCGCCAAGCGAAACGUCGAAGGACAAGACAUGCUCUACCAAUCACUCAAACUGACAAACAACAUCUGGGUGUUACUAGAAUUAAAAUUACAGCCUGGCAACCCCGAAGCCACGCUCAGCCUCAAGUCCAGGACUGUAGAGGUCGCCACCUGCAUAUUCCAAGCUUACGAAGCCAUCAUCAAGUCGUAAUUGUAAUCUCACUGUACUAUGUAUAUUUUGGUCUAAGAUGUUGAAGUAUUCCUAUAAGUGAGACUUGUGUAAAUUCCAUUAUGAAGUAUGAAUGUUAACGAGUAUGUUCGGAUCGAGUUUAGAUGGAUAUUGCUAUAUAUUGCUUUGUAAUCUAAAGAUUAAAGUUUAUAGAUGCUUGAGCUACUGGUUUAAAUGUAAUGACAUUCCCGUAUAUAAGAAAUAAGCAUUUCUAGUAAAUACAUAUUUUCUUUAUAAAUACGCAGCUAAAUCAUUUUGCAAACAAGAUUUUGGUUCGUAAAGAGGGAAGGUAUACCAGUAAGAUAAUCCUUAUAUAAAUGAAAUUCUAGGAAAAUUAUAAAAUCAAAACAUUAUUAUUUAUGUUAUUUGAAGUGUCAACUUCGAGAUUGCGAAUGGAAAUUAAAAUAUUAAUAUAAAAUGUAUGAAUACUAUGAAUUAUACAUAUAGAGCUCAUCUGUGCGUCUGUUCUUGUAUACUAGCGGCGUGUACAGGCGCUCACUGUAAUCGUAAGAUGUUAUAAUAAAUUACGUUAUAAACA